AUGGCGGCGUCCCUUUCUGCCACAGUCCUCUCUGCAGCAUUCGCUGCGUCCCCAUGCCUCACUGGCUCUGUUCGUCAGGGGGACGCGGCGGAGAAGGAGAGCAGCGACCUGGUGUUUUCUCCUGACGACGCCGAUGAUGACAAUGAUGACACGAUCGACAGCCUGGCCGACGAUCCCUUCGUCUCCCGCUCACCUGUCCCCACCGAUCCCAACGCCCCUGCGGCCCAGCUGUUCCCAUCGGCUGACGACAUGGAGAAGGUUCUUUCCGCCUACAACAGCGCACCGGCAGCUAUAGGCGAGAUAGGCGUGGAUGAUCUCAAGACGGCCCUGGAGGGGGAAGCGGACGCCGUGCCUGUGCUGAUUGACGUGAGGGCGCCAGAGGACUACAAGAGAGGGCACAUUCCCGGAGCUGUGUCAGUGCCUAUGGGGGAUGUGGUGGCAUAUGCUGCAGACGCUGGUUCCGGUCCCCUGGCCUUCGUCUGCUAUGCUGCUUUCCUUGCAUCCGCACCAAGGGAUUGCCAGCCUCACGCGUCCUUCCUGCUCGACACAUUUCACAACUCUCGUCCGUUCUGGAGCAGCUUGCGAGUAGGUCAUAUUUCCUGGUUAGUGCUGUCAGCUUGUUGCGACACCUCGGACGAUCGUCAACUUUGUGGGCAGUAUCAAAGGCAGCAGCAGCAGCAGCAGCAGCAGCAGCAGCAGCAGCAGCAGCAGCAGCAGCAGCAGCAUGGUGAACGUGUCGUGUUUCUCCGUGCCUUCUCUAUGGGCCGCGCCGCCGGCGCGCCUGGCGGCGGGAACGCGCGAGCCGCUUCCGGCAGGUCGGGGAAAGCUAAUGAAAAGCCGCCGCCGAUUUCCGGAUCUAUCUCGGCAACUGCUGCUGGGGGGGGUGCUGCUGGUAGUGCCGCUGCAGCGGCAGCGGCGGCGGCGGCGGCGACGGAGACGGAACCGAUUUCGUCCCUCGCCUCUGUCGCCAAGCGCGGGUUCCCGCGUCGCACGCUGUCGCUGCCGUCGCAGUCGCUGCCGUCGUCCAGCCGUGCGACGGCGCCGCCGACAGCGGGCGACGCGUUCUCAUUGGUGGAGAAGGAGGUGACGAUUCUGGAGCAGGGAUUGGAGGAGCUGCUGCAGGGACAGGAGGCGGAGCAGGCGCAGCAGGCGGAAGCGGGGGACGGGGGCGCAAGUCGGGGGGAAGUCGUGGCGGUGUAUGCGGGCAUGCGCGCAAUGAAGCAAGAGGCGUCCGCUCUGCGGGUCCUGCUUCGGGAGGCGCAGGGCGUAUUCUCCUCACCCACACGCACGGCCGCUGCCGCUGCUGUCUCUCCUCCCUCUCCUUCGUCCCUGCACGCCCCCUCAGGCUCCGCCUCCUCCUCCUCCUCCUCCUCCUCCUCCUCCUCCUCCUCCUCCUCCUCCUCCUCCUCCUCCUCCUCCUCCUCCUCCUCCUCCUCCUCCUCCUCCUCCUCCUCCGCCGCGUCUCGCUAUCAGCCUUCAUCCGCCUCUCUGCUCGCGUCUCUCUCUGCUCUCGAGCCAUCCUUGUGCCCUGUCUCCUCUCCCUCUCGUCCGCGCUCCCCUUACUACGGCUCCCUAGCGGAAGGGGAAGAGGAGCAGCAGCAGCAGCAGCCGCACCAGCAGCAGCAGCAGCGGAGGGGAGCGUGGUUCGGAGCACGGUGGGCGGAUUGGGUAGUGGCAUUCGCCCUCCUCUCUGCAGUCACCUCCUGCUUCAUCACCCUCCUCCGCCUCGCUCUCUCCGCCCGCGCUGGCGCAGGCGCGGCAGCGCGCAUGGGGCGCCUGGGCAGCGCGCCCGGGCUCGGGCUGCUGGGCAGGGGGGGGAGGCUGGGCGCGGUGGCGACUGUGGGGGAGGUGAUGGUGGGGGGGAGCAGCACAGGGGAGGAGGUGCAAGGAGUGGUGCCGUGGCAUAUGCGUGAGGCGAGACCAGGAGUGCUGGAGCUCAACCCUGGCAACCUGCAUGCAGCCCUCCGAUGCAGGCCGACAUUCCUGAUGUUCUACGCGCCGUGGUGUCCGCACUGCAAGCGCAUGGAGCAGGCAUGGGCGGACCUGGCGGGCAGGCUCAAGGACCUCGACUUCAACGUGCAGGUGGCGCGCGUCGACGCCUACCGCUACCCACAGCUGGCUGAGGAGUUUCAGAUUCCGGGCUUCCCCACGCUCGUGCUGUUUGACGGGGAGAAGCCGCUGGGUAUGCACCGGGGGAAACGGGAUGUUGAUACUCUCGUCGGUUUCGUGGACGCAACGCUGCCGUAA